AAGAAUGGUGGGUGGGGGCUAUAUAGACACUGCUGCUCAACCAUCCCUCUCUCUCUCUCUCUCUCUCUCUCUCUCUCUCUGUGCUUCCUGCAGUUGUUUGGAAGAAAGAAAGAGAAAUGGGGAAUUGUCAAGCUGUAGAUGCUGCAACACUAGUCAUACAGUACCCAAGUGGGAAAGUGGACAAGUUGUAUUGGCCUAUGAUUGCUGCUGAGGUUAUGAAGAUGAACCCUGGUCACUAUGUGGCUCUUCUCCUCUCCACUACCUUGUAUCCGACUCAUAAAAAUGGUGAAUGCCCCACCACCACCACCAUCACCACUACCACCACCACCACCACCAACAACAACAACAACUCUCUUCGGAUAACGAGAAUUAAGCUUCUCAAGCCUACGGAUACCCUUGUUCUUGGCCAUGUUUAUAGACUUAUCACUGCACAAGAGGUUAUGAAUGGGUUGUUGGCAAAGAAACAAGCAAAGCUGAAGAAAACCCAGUCAGAAUCAGCAGGAAAACCAGAGAGGAUGAGGGAGAUGCACUAUUCAGGGCUGGAUAUUGAAGUAAAAAGAUCUGAAAUGGAGGACCAUCAGGUGACCAAAAAUGAAAGAAACAGACCAAGAACAGCAACGGCUACCAACUCUGCCAGUGCCGCAGCCAGAUCAAGAACAUGGCAACCCUCGCUUCAAAGCAUCUCAGAGGCUGGCAGCUAAUCAUGUUUCCAUCUUCCCGCCAUGCUUACAUGAGGAACGGAUCAGCUCACCUGCACACAAAUCCAGACCUUUAUUUUGAACCUGCCAAAUUUAAUAUGCACAGAUCUUCCAUGUCACUACCUUUAUGGCAGAGGGAACUCAAUCUGGUCCUUUAUUUGUGGAUUUCGGUAAUUCAAAGUUGUAUAGCAAAAGGGUUCUCUCUCAAACAUAGUUUUUAGUAAAUGUUCUUUUGAAAUGAAAUUAGACUUCUGCUCAA